AUGCCUGAAACCGAAGUAGUUGCCGUCGUCAUUGAGCACUCUUUCUAUAUAAAGGGAAGAAUAUUUGAAGUAGAUGUUGUGGAACUACUAAAAAGUCUUGGAGUUAAUGUUAAGCAUGUAGGGGGGCGUAACGACGGAGGGAUAGAUAUAAUUGGAGAAAUAGGUGAGGUUACGGUCUUGUUCCAGUGCAAGAAUUGGGAUAAUCCGAUAGGACCCUCCGUCGUUCGUGAAAUGAGAGGUGUGGUAUGUCAAGAAAAUCCAGGUACGAUCGGUAUCCUGGUCGCCCCCUGCCUUACUUUUACUGAUUUUGCUAUAGAUGAAUCAAGAAAAUCUAGAUAUCCUGUCAUAUUGACGGAUAAAUCUCACCUCCCCAAAAUCAUCAUUAAUCUC